AUGACACACCCAGCCCCAUUCAAGUUCUCCACCGUCCCGGGAUUCUUCCUCCAAGAUGAGCUGAACACUGAUCCAGCUACCUUUGACUAUUCAGAGUCAAAUUUUGGCCUCAUUCUGCACGGAGAGGAUCCACUGCACACCCAGUGGCAGAAGUUCAUCCAAAGCAUCAAUGAACUGAACAACCUGGGAGGUGCAUCAGUACAAUAUAAAGUGCUUUUCCUCGGACGACACGGCCAGGGUGUCCAUAAUGUCGCCGAGACCCGGUAUGGCACCGCAGCGUGGGACGCAUAUUGGUCUCUCCUUGACGGCGAUGAGUAUGGAAACUGGGUUGAUGCCAGGCUCACGGAUCUAGGCAGAGGUCAAGCCAAAACUGCCCAAGAAACAUGGAAAACGCAAUUCGCCCAUGGCAUUCCGCCACCGCAGUCGUACUAUGUUAGUCCGUUGCAUCGGACUUGCGAGACGGCCGAAAUCACAUUCAAGGAACAGGAUAUGCCGCUCACGAAGCCAUUCCAACCUUUGAUUAAAGAGCUUCUCCGUGAAACACUAGGCGAGCAUACUUGUGACCGCCGGUCCAAAGCAUCUGAAAUCAAGGCCGAGUUCCCGGGAUAUCAGUUCGAGCCGGGCUUUGCUGAGGAUGAUUUGCUCUGGCAUGCCAAUCACCGGGAGACGAAUGAGGAGCGCAAUGCGCGAUUCACCGAGUUGCUGUAUGAUAUUUUUGCGAAUGAUGAGAAUGUUUUCCUUUCUCUUACGGCGCACUCGGGUGCUAUUACUAGUAUCCUUGAGAUCAUUGGACACCGUGAAUUUCCUUUGCAGACAGGAGCAGUGAUUCCUGUUGUUGUGCAGGCGGAGCGGUUAUGA